GCCGGUAACUGAAGAGCCGUGCGUCCAUGUGCGCAUUGACUGGGAAUUCAUAGACCACAGAAAUACUGAAUCCGAGCCAUACCAGAUUUAGCUAUGGAUCCUAACGUAUUGAUCGAGGCCCUUCGGGGUACCAUGGACCCAAACUUGCGUGAGGCCGCGGAGAGACAGCUGAACGAGGGUCACACCCAGGUGAAUUUUGUGUCUGCUCUGCUGCAAGUCACCAUGUCUGAUCAGUUAGAUUUGCCCGUCAGACAAGCAGGGGUGAUCUACCUAAAGAACAUGGUGACCCAGCACUGGAGCGAGGGGGACGGCACCAGCACGGAGACGCCUGUCAAUAACAUCCCAGAGGAGGACAGGCAGUUCAUCCGUGACAACAUCGUGGAGGCCAUCAUCCACUCCCCCGAGCGCAUCAGAGUGCAGCUGACAACAUGCAUCCACCACAUGAUUAAACACGACUACCCCGGCAAGUGGACAGCCAUCGUGGACAAGAUUGGCUUCUACCUGCAGUCAGAUAACAGCGCCGGCUGGCUGGGCAUCCUGCUCUGCCUCUACCAGCUGGUUAAAAACUACGAGUACAAGAAGCCGGACGAGCGCAGUCCUCUGGUGGCAGCCAUGCAGAUCUUCAUGCCCAUGCUGAAGGACCGCUUCAUCCAGCUGCUCCCUGACCCCUCCAGUGAGUCUGUCCUGGUGCAAAAACAGAUCUUCAAGAUCCUCUACGCCCUCUUCCAGUAUAACCUCCCCCUGGAGCUGAUCAACCGACAGAACCUGACGGAGUGGAUGGAGAUCCUGAAGACAGUGGUGGACAGAGACGUGCCUCCGGAGACCUUGCAGGUGGAUGAGGACGAGAGACCUGAGCUGCCCUGGUGGAAGUGUAAGAAGUGGGCCCUCCACAUCCUGGCCAGGCUCUUCGAGAGGUAUGGCAGCCCAGGCAACACUACCAAAGAGUACACAGAGUUUGCCGAUCUCUUCCUCAAGGGAUACGCAGUGGCAGCACAACAGGUGCUGCUGAAGGUCUUAUAUCAGUACAAGGAGAAGCAAUACGUGGCUCCCAGAGUCCUCCAGCAGACACUCAACUAUAUUAACCAGGGAAUCGCACACGCUGUCACCUGGAAGAACCUGAAGCCACAUAUCCAGGGCAUCAUUCAGGAUGUGGUUUUCCCCCUCAUGUGCUACACGGACAGUGACCAGGAGUUGUGGGAGGAGGACCCAUACGAGUACAUUCGCAUGAAGUUUGAUGUGUUCGAGGAUUUCAUCUCUCCCACCACGGCUGCCCAGACCCUGCUCUUCACCUCCUGCAACAAGAGGAAAGAAGUUCUUCAGAAGACCAUGGGCUUCUGUUAUCAGAUCCUCACUGAGCCCACCUCUGACCCCAGGAAGAAGGACGGAGCGCUGCACAUGAUUGGCUCUCUGGCUGAAAUCCUGCUCAAGAAAAAGGUCUAUAAAGACCAGAUGGAGUUCAUGCUGCAGAACCACGUCUUCACUCUGUUCCGCAGUGAGCUGGGCUAUAUGAGAGCCAGAGCCUGUUGGGUCCUGCAUUACUUCUGUGAGGUCAAGUUUAAGAGUGACCAGAACCUGCAGACAGCCCUGGAGCUGACCCGCCUCUGCCUGAUCAACGACAACGAGAUGCCUGUUAAAGUGGAGGCAGCCAUCGCCCUGCAGGUCCUCAUCAGCAACCAGGAGAAAGCCAAAGAGUAUAUCACUCCCUUCAUCCGGCCUGUGAUGCAGGCCCUCCUGCACAUUGUGCGUGAAACGGAGAACGAUGACCUCACUAACGUGAUCCAGAAGAUGAUCUGCGAGUACAGCGAAGAGGUCACGCCCAUCGCCGUGGAGAUGACACAGCACUUGGCGAUGACCUUCAACCAGGUCAUCCAGACGGGGCCUGACGAGGAGGGAGGGGACGACAAGGCGGUGACAGCCAUGGGCAUCCUCAACACUAUCGACACACUGCUCAGUGUGGUGGAGGACCACAAAGAGAUCACCCAGCAGCUGGAGGGUAUAUGUCUGCAGGUGAUUGGCACCGUCUUGCAGCAGCACGUCCUGGAGUUCUACGAGGAGAUCCUGUCUCUGGCACACAGCCUGACCUGCCAGCAGGUGUCCUCACAGAUGUGGCAGCUCCUCCCCUUGGUGUUCGAGGUCUUCCAGCAGGAUGGCUUUGACUACUUCACAGACAUGAUGCCUCUCCUUCACAACUACGUCACGGUUGACACAGACACUCUCCUGUCUGACACUAAAUACCUGGAGAUAAUCUACAGCAUGUGCAAGAAGGUUCUGACUGGCGAUCCAGGUGAGGAUCCAGAGUGUCAUGCAGCCAAGCUGUUGGAGGUGGUUAUUCUGCAGUGCAAAGGGCGCGGAAUUGAUCAGGUUGUUCCCUUGUUUGUGGCGGCUGCGCUGGAGAGGCUGACGAGGGAGGUGAAGACCAGUGAGCUGAGGACCAUGUGUCUGCAAGUGGCCAUCGCAGCCCUGUACUACAGCCCUCCUCUGCUGCUCAACACACUGGAGAACCUGCGCUUCCCAAACAACACUGAGCCCAUCACCAACCACUUCAUCUCCCAGUGGCUCAAAGACGUUGACUGCUUCCUGGGGCUCCACGAUAGGAAGAUCUGCGUGCUUGGCCUGUGUGCUCUCAUUGACUUGGAGCAGAGGCCCCAGGCUGUCAACCAGGUGGCCGGCCAACUGCUUCCCGCAGCCAUCCUGCUCUUCAACGGCCUCAAGAGGGCCUACGCCUGUCAAGCAGAGAACGAGAAUGAGGAUGAAGAUGAUGAUGAAGAUGGAGAGGAGGAUGAGGAGAAUGUCGAGCUGGGCAGUGAUGAGGAUGACAUUGAUGAGGAGGGCCAGGAGUACUUGGAGAUGCUGGCCAAGCAUGCAGGAGAGGAUGGGGAUGAUGAGGACUGGGAUGAGGACGACGCAGAGGAGACUGCACUGGAGGGCUACACUACAGCUGUAGAUGAUGAAGACAACCUGGUGGAUGAAUACCAGAUCUUCAAGGCCAUACUACAGAAUAUUCAGACCCGUGACCCAGCAUGGUACCAGGCACUCACACAAACCCUUGAUGAGGAACAAGGAAAACACCUGCAUGACAUUGGGACACUUGCAGACCAGAGGCGGGCAGCACAUGAAUCCAAAAUGAUCGAGAAGCACGGCGGAUACAAGUUCACAGUGCCAGAAGUGGUGCCAACUAAUUUCAACUUUGGAGGCAACGCUCCAGGAAUGAAUUGAGUCAUCCCUUCUCCCUUUUAUUACUCUGACUGAUUGUAGUGAAGUGAAAAAAGCUUGUGUUGUUCCCAUAAGUAGUGGUUCCAGAACUGGUUCUUCUCACUGACUCUUCAAUCUGACUAUCAAAUUGGAAAUAGCACCAGAAGAAGUGGGAAGACAACCAAAUGCAACAAAUGGCUGGGAAAACAAACCAAGAACUUGAGCUUGAAGCAAGAGAAAAAAGAAGCUCUAAACAACAUUGUCUUCUGGGAUCCAAUGUGGAGGAUACAAGGACGGGGACUUCCUUUUUUUUUUUUUUCACUUAAACAAAACGGGAGGGCUUAAAAAUUUGAAAUUGAUAACGGGACUAAAUGUUUAAUCAUUUUCACUGUUUUGGCCAAAAGGCUGUGCGUGAUAGGAUUAUACUAUACCUCUGGCAGUAGUGUUGUCUACGUUAUUUUCUGCAUUAACAAAUUCUCAUGUUUGUUAUGUGUGUAUAUACAAGCCAAGGUUCUUGAUUUUUAAGUAGCCUUGCAAAAACAACCAGAGGCAUUUGUAAGGUAUCUAGUGUAUUCAUAUGUAGCAUAUUGGAUACUUCAUAGCACUAUGUGAUGCCUAAUCUCUGUAAAUUAAUGACUAGCACUUUCAUAUUGUUCAGGUCUCCUAGCCUUCUGUAUCAGACUGCAAUUUUUAAAUCAAUUAAGACCAUUUAAAACACAAACUGCUGUAACUUUGGUUACGGUGUAGAAUAAUGAGUGGCGUCACUUUGCUGCUAAAAUGGAAACAUUCUUGAUUCCUAAAAAAAGAGAAUGCUCUUGGUGUUCAGUUUCGAUACAAGAGGUGUUGUGAGCACUGAAAGUCAAUUGGAUACUUCAUUGAAGCAUGUACAAUUGGACUUGAUCGUGAAGGUCUCAAGCAUCUGGUUGGUGUAUGGAUGAACCAUAUAUAUACACACACACACACACCAACAUAUUAAAAAAAGUUAAGUUGGAUUGCA